CGGUAACACUGCAUUCUUCUGUUUUGUUGUUGCUAUUUUGAUAAUUUAUUAAAUUUUGCACAAAGUACGCGCCAAUUGGACGCCUUUUGGACCAUUCCGCCGGGCAUUUCUGACAUCAGCAGCAAUUGGAGGUGGUUUUUUGCCGUGAUUUAUCCCGGAAUCAAGUGCGCGUGUAUAUUUAGCCACCAGUUGUUGCCCACUUCGCAUUUCCACGCCAUCCAAAUUGGUUGUUUAUCGCGCGCGCCAUUGGAUUUAUGAAUAUAUCCAAAUCGGAGUGAUCAACUCCAAUUUCUAUCCACUAGGAUGUCGCAGGAAAAGAUAGGCGCCGAUGGGGCCAGAAUGUCUUCGGAACUAGCUGAGAUACUCUCGGAUUUAUGCAUCUGCAUUCAGGGCAAACAGUCGCCCGAAGUUCACGAACUCGCCUUGGCCCGUGCUGCUCAGUGUCUAGCUGCAAAUCCUGGUAACUUCUGCAAUUCGAUAGCUUUAACCGAACGCGAAUGUGUCCAAAAGAUAAUGAAACUCCUGAAUGCCAGGGAGGAUGUGGAUGGUACGAAUGCAGCGAGCAUGUUCUACGCAAUUUACAGGAAGUUUCUGCUGAUAAGGGUCGAUCCCUACUUGAGGCACUCACUGAUGAGCUAUCUGCUUUCGAUGGCUGAUAAAUCCGUGGAUUUUUCGUCUGAAAACGGAGACGGAUCUUCUCUCACCAGUGCGUCGGAUAAUCUCCGUCAGGUUUUGAGCAGUCGACUGAACUCCGGCACGUUUCGCAGCUCAACGAAUGGAUCUUCGCUCGCAUAUACAGCCAACCAGAAUGGCAAUGGAGUGGCCAAGGGAGGCGUGUACAGCUACGAUGCCACACAAUCCAGCAUAGGAUUGGGCCAACAGCCCUUGCCCAACUACUUGAGCACAAUCGAAGCACAAAAGAAUCCCGAAGUCCGGCAGGAUAUAGUUACGAAUGCCAUAUACUCCUUCACCGGCGUCCAGGGGAAAUACCUGAAGAAGGACGUGGUCUCGGGACGUUUUAAGCUGGAUCCGAUGAACAUCAAGGCUCUGACCACCGGCCAAGCGGGCAUGUUGCUCCGGCUUUCCGAACUUGGCUAUUACCACGAUCGCGUGGCCAAGUUCGCGGACGUGUCCACAGGCUUUAAUGCCAUGGGCUGCAUGGGUCAGGCCCUGAUAUCGAAGCUCAAGGAGGAGCUGACCGACUAUCACGGCCAGGUCUCCAUCCUCCACGACGAAAUGAAUCGCUAUCGCAGGGCCCAGCUGAGUAGGAAUGCGGGCAAGACAGGCGAGCUGGGUGGUGGCACUGAACUGACGCUAUUCAAGCUGCUCGCCUGGUACAUAAAGCCAUUGCAUCGACUGCAGUGGCUCACUAAGAUCGCCGACGCCUGCCAGAUGAAGAAGGGCGGCGAUUUGGCAUCGACCGUGUACGAUUUCCUGGAUAACGGAAAUUCGAUGGUCAAUGAAUUGGUCGUACAGCUGCUGACCUCUAUUUGUGGCCCGCUGGUGCGGAUGAUCUCCAAGUGGAUGCUAGAGGGCGACAUUGCCGAUUUGUACGGCGAGUUUUUUGUGGAGUCCCUCAGCGAAGUGGGUGCGGACAGGCUAUGGCACGAUAAAUUCCGCCUGCGGAUGUCCAUGCUGCCCAAGUUUAUGCCCCUAGAUCUGGCUGAUAAGAUUCUAAAGACAGGCAAAUGCAUUAACUUUCUGAGAGAAAUCUGCGAGAUGCAGGAACUCGUUAAAAGUCGCGACCAACUCAAGAAGACCAUGGACAAUAAUGUUUCCCACAUAUUUUCGUACGUGCCGGACACUAGUUGGCACGCGGCUGUGGAAACGUCCUACCAGCAGACCUCCAAACAUGUCCUCGACAUCAUGAUCGGUCCCCACAAGCUUCUGAAUCACCUGCAAGGAAUGCGUCGCUAUUUGCUGCUGGGCCAGGGCGACUUUGUCAGCAUUCUCAUCGAAAAUAUGAAGGAAGAACUGGAGCGCAAGGGCGUAGAUAUAUAUGCCCACGAUCUCUCGGGCAUGUUGGAUGCUGCUUUGCGCUGCACAAAUGCCCAGUAUGAUGACCCGGAUAUACUCAACCACCUCGAUGUGGUGGUGCAACGGCCGUUCCCCGGGGAUAACGGCUGGGACAUCAUCUCGCUGCGGUACAUCGUCCAUGGACCCCUGGCCACCAUGCUGGAGCCCACUAUGCCCGUGUACAAGGCGCUCUUCAAGCCCCUCUGGCGAAUGAAGCACAUGGAGUUCGUUCUCUCGAUGAAGAUAUGGAAGGAGCAGAUGGGCAAUGCCAAGACCCUUCGCAUGAUGAAGUCAGAGAUCGGCAAGGCGUCGCAUCGCCUUCAGCUCUUUACGUCGGAGAUCAUGCACUUCAUCCACCAGAUGCAGUACUAUGUGCUGUUCGAGGUGAUCGAGUGCAACUGGGUGGAGCUGCAGAAGAAGAUGCAGCAGGCGACCACCCUGGACGACAUCUUGGAUGCCCACGAGAAGUUCCUGCGAACGAUCACACUGGGCUGUUUUAUCAACACGAUGUCGGACACGGAGCAGCAUCUGGAGACGGUGUACAUGAACAUUAUCGAGCUGGAGAAAUGGCAGUCGCUCUUCUACAAGGACUGCUUCAAGGAGCUGGAGGCCCGCCAGGACCUGGUCAAAAUGGUGGAGAAAUCGGAGCUGGAGGGAAGCUAUGGCUUGACCACCGAGCACAUCUUACAGCGCGACCAUGAGAGCAAGAUCUUUGCCGAAAAGGUGGAGACCGCCAGUCGGGGACUGGAAGUUAUAGCAUCCGCCUAUGAAAAGGCCGUCAGCGGUUUCCUAUUGAACCUCAACUCCAGCCAAGAUCCCAAUCUCCAGCUUUUUGGCACGCGGCUGGACUUUAACGAGUACUACAAGAAGAGGGACACCAAUCUAAGCAAGCCACUGACCUUCGAGCACAUGCGGAUGAGCAAUGUGUUCAGCUUGAACAACAGGAAUUGUCCAAACAGUCGGUUCGUAAUCCAUUCUCCAGCCACCAAGGAAUAGCAGCGUCCCGCGUCUCUGCAAUCACAUCAUCUCAGUGCCAAUGUACGAAUCUUUAGGCCUCACCAUUGCAUCCAGUCCAACUGCUGCUAAAUAUUUGAGAUAUCACGAUACCAUUGAAGUUAAGCAAUGGCACAAGGCGAACAAAAAGCAAUCAAGCAAACUAAUCCAACUAGUAGUAACUAAGCUAUUUUUGCACUCACAUAUAUAUCUCAAGCAUUUCCGUCAAUCGACUGGCUGCAAGCCAUCAACUUAAGAUAUCUCGAAUAUUUAUCUCUCAUUACAUUUUUUUGAGUAGUUGUAAUCGAAAAGUAUUAAACGGAGAUUCGUUUGUCGAAAGGCGCACAUUGUUUUUAAAAAUCCCCUAAUUUUGUACAUCGAACGCUUUCGUUGCGCACAGAAUGCGGUGGCACAACUAAAGCUUAGUUAAAAGUUAAAACUCAUUUCCCUAAGUGCGUUUGUCAAUUGCCCUAUGGUAAUUAAAAUGUAAAAAAUAAGAGAAUGUUACGUAUUUUAAAUGGAAAAGUUAGAGAACGUUUUAAAAUGUUAAUGUUUUGAACAGUUUUAAACCGUAAUGCGAGCUCGAAAUAAACUCUUAAUUGCAUUGAAGUUUUCAUUAAAUA